AUGCCUCGUCAAGUCGCACCGCCGCCAUCUGGAGAGUUCCUCAUUCGCAUUGCGAAGCCAUUCUCCGGCCAAGCAAAGCACACUGUCGAAGUCAUUGGCGAGCCUAACCGACCUGCAAGCGUUCGCGUGCUCCAAACGAAUGGCGACGAGAAAGUUGGAGAUCUUCCCAAAGACGACGUCAACGAGCUCAUGAGCCUUGUCAGUGCCGUUCGAGGCUUCCCCAGUCACGCCACCAAGGACGUAUACGGCCUGGACACCAAGUUAGAAUUGAAUACAUUUGAAAUUCAAUGGGCUUCUGAUGAGGAGGACUCUGCAUCGAACGAGAUUCAAGAGGUUGGAGAUGAGACCAAAGAUGAGUUCAAGAGAGUGGUGGAUAGCAUCGAGGCUCUAGGCAGGCAAUUUGCGAAGAAUGAUUCUGCGAUCUAG